GGCAGGGUGUCAGCGGGAGGGUGACAGGCCUGACAGGCCGGGCAGGGCUGGGAGCAGGGCGGGCCUAACUUAGGCCAGCCCGGGGGCGGGCCCAGGCUGAGUAUCACUUCCCGCCACUGCUGCCAGCUUCAAGAGCCGGCCGGAAAGUGUGUGUCCAGUCGUUGCUGCUGCCUGUGAGCUGCCAGGCUCAGCGGCGGGGAGCUGCCCUACCAUGGGCUCACAGGCUCUGCCCCGAGCCCCGGUGCAGACACUCAUCUUCUUGGACCUGGAGGCCACCGGCUUGCCCUUCUCCCAGCCCAAGAUUACAGAGCUAUGCCUGCUGGCUAUCAACAGAUGUGCCCUGGAGAGCCCUCCCACGCCGCAGGGGCCGUCUCCCCCUGUGCCCCCGCCACCCCGGGUGGUGGACAAGCUCUCCCUGUGCGUGGCUCCGGGGAAGGCCUGCAGCCGGGCGGCCAGCGAGAUCACAGGUCUGAGCACGGCUGCGCUGACAGCACACGGGCGUCAACGCUUUGAUGCCAACUUGGCCUCGGUGCUCCAAGCUUUCCUGCAGCGCCAGCCACAGCCCUGGUGCCUCGUGGCACACAAUGGCGACCGCUAUGACUUCCCUCUCCUCCAAGCAGAGCUGGCAGCCCUGGGCCUCCCCGGUACGCUGGACGGUGCCUUCUGCGUGGACAGCAUCGCUGCCCUCAAGGCCCUGGAGAAGAGUAGCAGCCCCUCCGAGCACAGCCCGAGGAAGAGCUACAGCCUGGGCAGUAUUUACACGCGCCUGUACGGGCAGGCCCCGCCUGACUCACACACAGCCGAAGGCGACGUCCUCGCCCUGCUCAGCAUCUGUCAGUGGAGGCCGCAGGCUCUGCUGCGGUGGGUGGAUGCCCACGCCAAGCCCUUCAGCAGCAUCAGGCCCAUGUACGAGGGCCCAGCCUCUGCUGAAACCAGGUGCUAUGCCACCGCAGCCCUACCCAGCAGCAAGGGCGGGAGUUCCAGACCUGAGCAGGGCCAGGGCCACAAGAGUCGUCCUCCAGUGCAGGGCCCUGGAGUGCCAGCCAUGGAGGGAUUCCUGACCCCACUGGGCCUGCUGGCCUUGCUGACCUUGGCAGUGGCCACACUGUACGGGCUGUCCCUGGCCACACCUGGGCAGUAGGUCCAGAGAAGUCUAGUAAUAAAGGUUCUGCACAGCC